CCGAAAUUGCGCGCGUGACAUUCCCAUCAAGUCGCUCUCUUUGCAGGUCUAAUGAGUCAUGACAUUAACUGAGCCUAAGGUUGUUCCUCCCACGCACCUCCAGCCCACUCCUCUCUUUAUUUAAGGCGCUCCUCUGCUGCAACACUCAGAGCAGCAGGCGCACAGUCAGCGCAGCUCUCUCCUGCCGCCGCGGAGGGACGAGAGCUCCAGCUUUGUCACGUUUUCCCGGAUUUACCCGUCAGCUCGUCACGAUGAGACUUGUUCCAGUCGUGCUGGCGGUUACGGCUCUGUUGACAGGAAAUCUUACGCUUCCAGUUGGUAAAGAAGAGCAGAGAGAGGAUGUGGUAACACGAUGUUUGGUUGAAGUUCUGUCCAAAGCUCUCUCCAAACCGGACUCUCAGGUCGAUCAGCAAUGCAAAGACAUCAUCCAAGCAGGUAUUAUACAUGCCCCGUUGGACAAGAAGAGUGGGGAUGCCUCAGUAACUCAUGAAGAGAUAGUUAAAGUUCACGCAGAGCCAGUGGCAAAGACAGCAGAUGUGAAAGACAUCGAGGAACUCCUGAAGUCUGUGGAAGAAAAAAGAGAAAACCCAGAAGAUGAGCGCAGCCAAGAAUCCUGGAGUCUGGGUGAUGAGAAGGACAAGAGACAUGAGAACGAUGUGGAAGAAGAACGGGAGAAGAGGAGCAGCUGGAGGCCUGGAAGAUUCCACCAAAGAAAGCACAAACGAGGAGAGGAAGAAGAGGAUGGCGAGCGCAGCCAAGAGAGUUGGGGAGUAGAUGAAAAGAGGUCAGACGAUGAGGAAGAGGAAGAUGAAGACAGAGAGAAGAGGAACUGGAGGCCUGGAAGAUACCACCAAAGAAAACACAAACGAGAUGAGGAACCUCUAGGAGAAAACGAGGUAGAGGAGGAACGUAGCCAAGAGCGCUGGGAAGCAGACAAAAGGCACGGGGAUGAGAAUGAGGAGGAGAGAUACAAACGCAUUUGGAAACCCACACAUCGCUAUCAUCACAAGAAAACACUCCACAAACGCAGCGACGAACCAUCGGAGGGCGAGGAAGAUGGAGAACGUAGCCAGGAGUACUGGGAUUUUGAUGCCGGAAGAGAUAAGAGGAACUGGAGACCUGGCAGGUACCACCAGAGGAGACAGAAACGAGAUGAAGAGCUGUCAGAAGAAGCCAAAGAGGAGCCAGAAGAAGAACGCAGUCAGGAAUACUGGGGUUUUGACACUGGAAGAGAGAGGAGGAGCUGGAGGCCCGGCAGGUACCACCAGAGGAGACAGAAACGAGAUGAAGAGCUGUCAGAAGAAGCCAGAGAGGAGCCAGAUGAAGAACGCAGCCAGGAAUACUUUGAUUUUGACACUGGAAGAGAGAAGAGAAACUGGAGACCCGGCAGAUACCACCAAAAGAAACACAAACGAGAUGAGGAGCUCACGGAAGAAGACGCGGAGGCGGCAAAGGACAGAGACACAGCUUUGAGAUAUCUUGCUGAGAAGCGCAAUCCCUGGAUUUACCGAGGCUUCUACCACCCAGCCUGGUUUAAAAGGGAUCCAGAUGAACACACUGCAACCUCAAACAAGAUGGAUGAACUGACCAAGUUGCUGAGCCAUAAGAUAAACCAGCUGGCUAACCACUCUACUCAAGAGGAGGCAAUGAGGAGCUCACAGCAGAGAGCACUUACACCACAUGAGGAGAAAGAGCUACAGAACCUGGCAGCGAUGGAUAUGGAGUUGCAGAAAAUUGCAGCCAAGUUGCAUGAAAACACUGCAUAACUGAAAAAAAAAUUGCAAUUUUACUGUAUGUCUGCCAGUUUAGUGUGCUUGCAGUGUUAAAAUGAAGAAAAAACAAACAAACCCUGGAGCCUUGCCAAAGCAUUUUAGCUGACUUUUCGUUUUUGUGAUAUUUUGAUGUUAUCAAAUCAAACAGCAUGGGAAUGGCUUGGAUGUUUAUAUUCAGAGAAAUGUAAAAACAAUAUAUAAAUAUAUGAGAUCAUAAUUACUUAAAUGUGUUCUGCAGAGUUUGUUCUGACUGCACUCAAUAAACAGUUAUUCUGGGACCAAA